AUGCUACUAGCUGUUAUUGCUGGUCUGAUAGUUUCAAGAGAAACAAAACCAGAUAAUGAGAAUAUUCCUAAUCUGGCAAAAGUGUGGAAUGUUUUGGAACUUCGGAUUUUGGUGGCUGUUAGUCUCUUCUUACAAAUGCUACUCAUCUUUUUGGGAAACCGAAGGAAGUAUAUAGUUUCUAAAAGACUUAAAUUGUUGAUAUGGUUCACCUAUCUCUCAGCUGAUUGGAUUGCUACUGUUGCUCUCGGAAUUCUUUCCAAAGACACCAAGGAUCGUAAGUCAGAUUCCAACUUUGUAAUUAUGGCCAUAUGGGCGCCAUUUCUUCUUGUGCAUCUUGGUGGACCUGAUACAAUCACUGCAUACUCCCUCGAGGACAACCAACUAUGGCCACGACAUAUGCUUGAGUUACUCUACCAGCUAGCUGUUGCAGUUUAUGUCGUUUACCGAUCAUGGAACACCGAUCCUCUUAAGUAUGUCACUGUUCCUAUUAUCAUUGCAGGAAUAAUCAAAUAUGGGGAGAAGACUGGGUCGUUGCGGUCAGGAAGCAGUGAUGGAUUCAGAGAAUCAAUUCUCCCUCCUCCAGACCCAGGACCAAACUAUGCUAAAUUCAUGGAUGAUUACACUGCUAAAAAAGAUGAAGGAUAUCAUGUUACUUUAGAUGAAAUUAAUGAAACUACUCCCUUAGUAUUGGAUCAUAAUUCUCAAGGGGGAACCACACUACCAAAUCCAAAUAUUCCAGAUGGUCAAGCUUUAAGCGAUGGAUUCAAAUUCUACAACGUUCCUGAGUGCCUAUUUGCAGAUCUCAUCUUCAGUUUUCAAGACCACAAAAGCAGCCAAUUUUUCUUUUACGAAUCUAAUUGGAAAAAUGCUUUUAAAGCAAUUGAGGUUGAGCUAGGACUAAUAUAUGAUAUGCUGUAUACAAAGGCAGCGAUAACAUACUCCUACCGUGGCAUCUUCCUCAAAUCUGUGAGCUUUUCCUACUCUCGCAUACUAUCAGUCUCCGAGGGAUUGAAAGAACUAAUUUUUGACCAGCUUAAGGAUAAAUCUGAGGAAGCAACAGACACUGAAGCAUGUAAAAAAUUAUGUGCUCACAAGGGUGAUCGAGUUCUUAGGAAAUGGAACUGUCAUAAUAUUCGUGACAUCAACCACAGCAUUAAGGAGGUUGAGUUUGACCAGAGCAUUUUGCUUUGGCAUAUUGCUACAGAUCUUUGCUAUUUAGAUGAUAUCGAGUCUCAAAACUUAAAUGGCGUUGCUCUCCAAAGUUGUGAAAAAAGCCAAUUGUUAUCGGAUUAUAUGCUAUAUCUUCUUGUUAUGAGUCCUUUUUUGCUUCCAAACGGAAUAGGACAAAUCAGAUUUGAAGAUACUUGUGCGGAGGUGGAUGAACUUUUGAAAGAGAGAAAAUACAUAAAAAGAAGAAGUGAAGUUUGCAAGAUGAUACUUCGAGUGAAUACAACUAUUUCACCAUCAGAGGUUAAAGGCGAUAGAAGCAAAUCUGUGCUGUUUGAUGCAUGUAGGCUUGCCAAAUCACUAAAAUCUCUAGAAACGGAGGAGAACUGGUCGAAAGAAAGUAAAUGGGAAAUGAUAAGUAAUGUAUGGGUGGAGAUGUUGUGUCAUGCAGCAAGCCAAUGUAGAGGACUUAAUCAUGCUAAGCAACUAAGCCAGGGUGGUGAGUUUCUUACCCAUGUGUGGCUUUUGAUGGCUCAUUUAGGCAUAACUGAACAAUUUCAGAUUUCUAAAGGUCAUGUAAGGGUCAAGUUGAAGCUCUCAUAA